AUGACUCCGCCCGUCGCUGAACCAUGGACUACCGUGCGCUAUUCUACAAAACCAACGAAAAGUCACCUCACCAUCGUCAUAAAGCUGACCGACGGGGUUUCCCUAUCGGAACUCCAGUCUACCCACCUCACCGAUGCCGUAACCGCCGCCGCCCACCUUACGCCAUCGGAAGCGAAAGAGACGUAUUUCAAAAUCCGUGACGUGCAAAACGUCCUCAUCGCCGACACCUACCGACCCUCGGCCCAGGAAAAGCUCCUGCAGACCACGAAACUCACCAUUGCAAAUCGCGACUACGCCGUUACCAGCUACCCCUCGGCCCCCACCAACUCCUGCAUGGGCGUCAUCCACGGCGUCGCGUCUCUCACCGCCCCCGACGAGCUCAUCGCCAACAUCGAAUCCAAUGUCCCAGUACUCACCGCUCGCAUGAUGGGCAAGACCGAAACGGUACUCAUCACCUUCGAAGGCACAUACGUGCCCUAUACUAUAUACUACCGCCGCCUCCAAUUCCGGUGCCACCCACACAAGCCAAAAUCUCAACAAUGCCAAAACUGCCUCCAACUCGGCCACCGCGCGGAAGUCUGCCCCAAGAAAGGCAAGCUUACAGUAUGCGACAUCUGUUACCAGGAAAACAUGACCUCGGACACCCUUCACAACUGCGUUCCUUACUGCGUCAAUUGUAAAGAAGAGCACGCCUCCAAGGACCCGAACUGCCCCGCCAAAAAGCAAGCCGAUGCGCAAGCCACUCUCGCUGCCUACAAACGGCGAGUACAGCAGCGUCCCAAGGCAACAACCAUCCCCAACACAUUGCGCACCCCUCCUCCACCACCAAGACCGAAGGGUGGGAAAGCCUUGACCACUCCCAACCCGCCCCACCAACCAGCACCUCCUUCCGACAAGGUGCCCACUACCAACUCCAGACAGGAGAAUUAUCGCCUACCGCCCAUCCCACGAGGCUCAACUCAGCAACAUCGCAGGACCCGGAGUCUCAGCCGCAACAACAAGGUCUCCAUCGAACUCAAGCAAAUCAUGCUCGUUCUGAAAAACAUUCAGGAGCGCCUGGCCGCUCUCGAGCAGGAUGUAGCAGAACUGAAAGCACAGGGCCCUCAGCACCCAAAACGAAAAGCAGACAACCCCUACAACCCUGAAAAUCGCAAACCUGACGUCAUCCUUCUUCAGGACACACAGGGCACUCACAACCUUCCACAAUACACACCCUACACCCAACCCAGCAUCACUCAAACCGACCGCAGGCAAAACACAUAUACCCCCACACUCGUCACGACAUACAUCUCUAAGGAACACCCGUCAAUACAACUCAACACAACAGACAUCAACACCGCUCACCAAGAGCACGUCAUCAUCACCCUUCAACCCCGCAACUGCCCCAAUCCCAUCACAAUCGUCAACGCGUACUGGCGACCGGGCCGCAAGGUCGCAAAUCCCACUCCCUGGCUCACGAAACUCGUUGCAAACAACUCAGACCACGACAUCCCCUUAGUCGGAGACUUCAACAGCCCCAAUGUGUCCUGGGGUUACCCAAACACUCAACACAAUGGGCGCCUCCUCGCACAAGCAACCGCCCAAGCGUCGAUGACACUGGCCAACGACACUACACAACCCACCCGCACCGGUAACAGUGUAGAGCGCGAUACCAAUCCCGACCUGGCCUUCCAUCACGGCCCAUCCGUUGCUGAAUGGUCCGCAUCUGACGAACAGCUAGGCAGCGAUCAUCGCCUCAUCCACCUCACACUGAUCACCAACGUCAAACAGAAAGUACGUCGCAAUACUGCUCGCAUCACAAACUGGGAUCACUUUCGCUACCAUACCUCCAACAACCCCCCACCGACGGACGCUGAUCCCAGAGCCUGGGCCAACCAUCUCCUCCAGGCACAGAACAAAUGCACCAAAGAAGCCCAAACCACAACCGCUACCCCGUACAUUGACAACCAUCUUCUCAACCUCUGGAAAACUAGGCGCAAAUUGGUGAAAAAAUGGAAGAAAACCAAGCACUCCAAACACCUAAAACACAAAAUUCACAACAUCACCAAAGAAGCCGAAACCUACGCAGAGCAACUCACCACCGAAAACUGGCUCCAACUCUGCGACUCCCUCAACGGCCAACUCGGCACCAAAAAAACGUGGCGCAUCCUACGCACACUCCUCACACCCUCUCAACCUCGCGACCCCCUCACACGCAUUAUGCUCGCCAGCAAAAUUACCUCGCACGACCUCGAGCAGCAACUCCGCGACACCUUCUUUCCACCACCAACCGACACAUCACACACACCAGAACCUCCAACUCCUCCCCUCGACCCAUGCGACAUGGACGCCCCCUUCCCACUCAACGAACUAAAGCGGGCACUUGACUCUUUCAAACGAAACACAUCACCUGGCGAAGAUCAAAUCACAUAUCAACUUCUCCGCAAUCUCGACGACACACAACUCCAACAACUCCUAAACUACUUCAAUAGUGUUUGGCAAACUGGCGACAUACCAGCAGAAUGGAAACACGCCAUCAUCACCAUGAUCCCCAAACCAAACAAAACCUCCGAAGUCAAGAACCUACGACCCAUUUCUCUCACCUCGUGCACCGGCAAACUUCUUGAGAAGCUUGUUCUCACACGCCUCGAAUGGCAUCUCGAGCACGUGAAAGCCCUACCCUUUACACUCAUUGGCUACCGCAAGAAUAUCUCCACACAAGACUGUCUCCUUCGGCUAUACAAUGACCUCCUCCAAGACAAAAGUACCACACAACUCCGCUCACUCCUAAGCCUGGACAUCUACAAAGCCUUUGAUAACGUCUCACAUGACUCCAUACUCAGUACCCUCAGAGAAACGCAGUGCGGCCCUCGAAUGUAUAACUACAUCCGCAACUUUCUAUCGAACCGCACGGCCGCCUUUAAAAUUCCUGGACACAUCUCCACACCUUUUCCGUUACACCAAGGAGUACCACAAGGCUCCAUCCUCUCUCCCACCCUUUUCAAUCUUGCCAUGAGCAAACUUCCCGCACAACUCGACACCAUCCCCCACCUCAAAUUCUCCAUUUACGCCGAUGACGUUACCUUAUGGACCAACACUGGCUCCCCCGGCCAGCAGGAAGAGACACUGCAACACGCUUGCGACACUGUCGCACGCUAUGCCAUUAGUAUAGGUCUGGCCUGUUCUCCAUCCAAAUCGGAACUCCUCGUCAUCUCCAACCGCAAAAACAAUCCCGACAGGCAGCUGAUCACCGUACACCUCGACGGCACUCCCAUACCCCAACGCCCGCACAUCAAGCUCUUAGGCCUCACCAUCCAAAACAACGGUGCAAGCGAUAUCACCGUCUCCACCCUCUCCAAACAAAUAAAUCAAAUCACACACAUCCUCGGCCGCGUUUCCCGGCGCCACAGAGGCCUCAAAGAGAGCGACAUGAGACGAGCCAUCGAAGCUCUCAUCUACUCUCUCGUACUCUACCAUAUCCCCUACACCCCACUCACUGCCCGUCAACUCAAACACCUCCAGACACAGCUCCGCAAACCCACCCGCCUUGCUCUCGGCGUGCCACAGUGCGCUCCCCUAGAGCACUUACAACAGAUGGACCCCUUCAACACACUCGAGGAGCGAGUCGACUUGCACCGACUGGGUCAACAGCAACGCCUAACCACGUCUCUGCAGGGUCGCUACAUUCUCAAUUCUCUCGGUUACGACACCCAGCACCUCCCUCCCAUCGAAACAACCACACCUCCCUGGGAUACCAUACCCCAAAUCACCGCACUCCCCAUACCCAAACAUAUGAAUCCCGACAGCAACCCGGAACGCCGCAAGCACAGAGCCAAACUCAUAUCCCAAAAACUCGCCACACUUCAGGCACAGCAGCACCUCAUCUACUACACAGACGCCAGCUACGACCGUGGCACCAAACUCGGCCGCACCGCAAUUCACUGUCCCCAGACCAACACAACGCUUAGGCAAACAUACACCGAAGCGCCUUCGGCAGACCUCCUGGAGACUCAGGCGCUAUGCUCCGCCAUUCUCCAUGCCAUCGCCAACCCCCACGAGGGACACACCUCCAUCACUGUCCUGACAGAUUCCCAAAAAGCAGUUCGCACAUUUCAGUACAACCAACUCCCCAACUACAUGUCGCGUGAGCUUCGAGCCGCCCUCAACACCACCCCCACCGUUCGCUUCUACAUCUACUGGAUCCCUGGCCACGCUUUAAUCCCAGGAAAUGAACGAGCACAUUCACUUUCCCGAGUCACUUCCACUCCGGGACCUGCGAUUGACUGGCCUACGUCCUAUGACCCCCAACUCCAGCGCAAUGAAUACCAUCAACAGCGCUCUGACACACUCCGACAACUCCGCGAAUCCAGACUCGCCCUCGUACCACCGCCUCCCACACUCUCUCGACAACAGGCCAGCACUAUACGCCGAGCACAGACCCACACGCUAUCCUCCCCACACUAUACUCAUCUCUUCCAAGGCGCUCAGGGCACAGCUAAGUGUCCCUUCUGCACUGGCUACCCAAACAACACGCACACCUACUGGCAAUGCCUCCACGCAAAACCAUCCAUCCGCUCUACACUUUCCAAGCUCCCUCCCGGGCUUCGGCCCACGACAUGGAAAGAGUGGCUCUCUCCCACAAAUCAUCAAAACGUGCCCGCCAUCUUCGACGCCCUUCUUCACCACAUCACAACCAUCGAAGAGAAGCUGAGGGCAUCGAAAGACGCCACCAAUCCCCCAUGAUCCACCUAUCCUCACCCUUCUGAAUGGCGUCCUCCUGGACACCACUUUGACACCCUGAACUGAGGGUCAAUAAAGAUGUUUUCUCUC